AUGAUUGUGAGAGAUAAAAGAUUUAGAAUGGAAGAUAAAGGUGGUUUGUUGAGGAUGAUAAGGCUGGACAAAGAGUUGAGUGGUGCGCCUAAUCUUAAUUUCUCUUUAUAUAGUGAUAUUAGUGAAGAGAGUAGUGCAGGUGGAGACUCUUUGGAAACGUCGGGUGAUGGUGAGGAAGUAGAGGAGAAAGAAGGAGGGAAAGUGGAUAGAGCUACAGAGACGGAAGUGGAGACAAGGGAAACGGGGAAGCAGUGUUGUAUGGUGAGGUAUAAGAAGAUUGUGGAGGUAGAGAGUAUGACGGAGGAUGGAGAGAGGAGGACGGUGAGAGUAGAGACGGAUUGGGAGGUAGAGAUUGGCGAGCGAUUGUUGUUGUAG